AUGACUCAGACACAGCGAUCGGCGUCUGAAAACUUCAUUCCUUAUACGACCAGGAGACGCGUCUGCAAAGCGUGCGAUCGAUGUAGAUUGAAGAAGAACAAGUGUGAAGGCAUCUCCCAGUGUUCGCGAUGCAAAGCAGACAAUGCUGUCUGUACGUUCGAGUGCGUAUACUUGUGGAUUGUCAACUUUGCAAAGGCUGACAUAUACAGUGGACGCAAAAGAUCGUCCGAUAAAGUGUAUCCCAAGGGUUAUGCUGAGACGCUGGAGCAGCAACAGACACAGCUUGUUGCUGGUCUACGAGAGAUGUACAACCGAUUGGCAGUGGCAGACGCGUGGAAGGGCGCGACUCUGCCUGAUGUCAACGGCCAUCCUCUCACUCACGAUAUCCUGACCGCUUUGGAUCUACUGGAGGCCAAACAGGACUGUCGCAGAGACGAAAACCUCCUCGAACAAAGUUCCCAGAAGAGCCGUUCGCGUUCACCACCCGCAAGUAGUCCAGUCACACAACGAACGGACUCGACCACCAGCCUCUCCGACCCCGGCCAGGAUCCUGUACCAUACACGUGUCACGGUCUCCAAACACCGGCAAGCUCUCAAGAACAGAUCGUGUCGCGGUCGCCGAUAAAAGCGCAAGCAGCAGACCAUGCCCCUGAAGGCGAACAACCCUUCUCAAGAUCUCUCCAGUUGCCGCUGCAAGAGCGUGCACAGUCAUGUGGAGACCCAAUAUUCUUCUCAGCACCGUGGGCAUACCCGGAGAGCCAAAUCAACAGCUUUAUGGAAUGGGAGUUCGCACAGUUGGAACCCUCGAAUCUUGAUUACGGCCUCGGCAUGUCCGACUUGCACGCGUCCACAAUCUGGGGUGGGACUGGCAACUUCGAUUUCAACAUUGCAACCCUCGACGCAGACACCCACAACAUCAUUGACGCAUUCCCCUGGGUGCCCGAUUUGCAAGGCACUAACGCUUUUGAUGCAUCUCAGAGUCUGUUGGAUCUCGACUUUUCCCAAUAUGUCUCAGCAAAAUCUUGA